CCUCAUGAAACGCACAAAUGUGAGAAUGAAGUUUGUCCAAUCGAAUGUCCAAUAACCACAUGUCAUCGAAGAUGUGAAAGUAAAAAACAUUUCCAUGCAUUCGAGGAAAAUGUGAUUCAUUUUUGCGGAGAGGAACAUCAAUGCCCUAAUGAAUGUGAAGAAUUGGGAAUUUGUAAAAUUGUUACCGAGCCAUCUGCAAUUGUACAAGAAGAAGCGGAAUAUGUGAAUAAAUUUGGAAGCUUUAUGUUUACCAAAUAUUCUCAAACAUUCCAAAGACUUCCUUGUUGCAUCAAGAUACCUCCAUAUGAAUUCAAGCAUGAUGGGAAACAU